AUGGCUUCGUCAAGAGCCCGUUUGCCUCGCGCAGGCAAACUAGGCGCCUUGUUGCAGCCUUCCAAGUCCCAAGGAACCUCGAUAUGUCCUUUUUGCUCCAUCACAUCAUCUGCCCGCCCAAGGAUACGGACCUGUCGCGAUGCCCUCGCAAAACGCUUCACUUCAACCUCUACGAACCCCACGAACCCCCGCCAUGAGCUACAACAGCACCUCCUCGAUAUUCAAAAACUGGCACCUUCGCUAGUAAGCCUUUCUAGACUACAAUUGGCACUUCAAGGUCUGCGACAAAUACCGGGUCAGGAAGCUGUGAGGGUUGCAAUUUUGGGACUGGCACCCGGCUCCGAUGCGGGACAAAAGGCAAAAGAUGUGUUGAGAGUUCUCAUGACGGAUCCGUUACAAGAUGAGCAGGAAUGGGAGCGACAAUUGAAGGACCACAACCCGGAGAACCCUCUAAUUGUUCGAAUCCGGUCUACCGAAGAGCAACAGAGUACCUUGACAGUCACCAAAUCGAGCCUUUUCAGUGAAAUCAACGUCUCAUCUGCCGAAUGGAACAGUCUAAACCUGGAGCUAUUGUUAAUGGAGACCCAUCUCCCUGAAUUCGCCAGAGACGAGCAAACGAGAGCUAUCGAAGUGGAGGAAUCCGUUCUCGUUCCCAAGGUUGGCAUUCCCGCAGCCGAAGAUCGAGUAACACCAGUGACCACCCCCGUGCAUCGUGCGAUUCUGGUUGGCGAUGGCUUCAGGGGAGCUGUCAAUGCUACAGCAGUGCCAGUUACCCAAGGGGAGGAGUCUGUAUUAAAAGUGGUUGACCUCAAAGGCGUUGAUCCAAAGCAAGUCGACGCACCCUUUGAGACAAUUGACGUUUCCGCUGCUGACAAGGGUGUGUCACUUUUCCGCAAGAGCUCCGGCAACGCUAUAGAGUAUGAGCGACUCUGGUUCAAUAGCAAUCUCCCUGCUUUGACAACAUGGCUCAAGUCAGGCAUCAGCUCUUCCGACGAAACCACAAAACCCGCAGUUCGGGAAUUGAUCUCCUCUCUAUUAAACAACGUCUUGGCGAGAUGCGAGCUUGAGAAUCGCCGUGAAAUCAGACACAUCUACCAGGAGACACCCGCUGGCCAGGAACCUACCUUCUCUCCUACUCUGAACCGGGCAGUGGGCGAAUGGUCACAAAAAGCACACGCAGAGCUGCAAGACGAGCUUGACCUGGCAUUUACAGGCAGAAGAUGGCGUAAGCUGGGAUGGUGGCAACUGUUCCUGAGAGUGGAUGAUGUUGCCAUGCUCACAAAUGAGAUGUUGAACCAACGGUUUCUUCCCACAGCAGAGCGAGAACUCGUCUAUCUCACAGGACAGAUUGCCCAAGCUGCAAAGGCUGAUCAGACGUACCCCCAACCAUACUCAUCCAGUGGUGCCAACCAUGACCUAAAGCAACUGGGCUCAGGAGAGUUGGAACCAUUUGUGUCAGUUCACACCCGCCCAGCGCUACCCAAGUGGCCUGGUCAUAUCGCUUUCACAAGACGAUACCUACAAAACGAGACCGUCCCUGCACUGCAGGCUUUAGCCCAACGACUUGUUGUGCAAUCCCUCGGCACUUCAGGUCUCACCGCCUCCCUUGGUGCCCUCCUCUACGUCUCGUCCUACUCCAUCUUUGAAGCUGGCGCUGUUGCAGCACUAGGAGUAGUGUGGAGUGCCAGCCGUCUGCAAAAGAAAUGGGAUGCCGCGCGAUCAUUUUGGGAGGGUGAAGUCCGCGAGGAGGGCCGAAAAGCUCUGCGAGGUGUUGAAGAGAGCGUUGCAGCUGUUACCAAUGUUGAGAAACCACAAGAGCGGGUGGUUGUUGACCAACAGGGCGAUGAACUCAUCGAAGUCCGAGAACUUGUGGCCAAGGCCCAAGAAGCUCUUGGACGCAUGAAAUAA